CUAAAUUCUCAGUAGCUAUAUUUAAACAUGUCAUAAUUUUAUAAAAAAAAAAUACCACAGUUUUUUAUUUGGAUAUAUCCCACCAUUUAUUUUGUUAAUUAUCACUGGCGAUGGGUUCUCUGUUGAAAGAACAUAUUAACCAAAUAAGAGCCAUGCUCUACGAUUUAAAGGAUCACAAUGUGGCGCAAUUAAGUGAAAAAACUGGGGAUGGGAGUGGAAAUGGAGUCCGAAAGAUAAGGAAGUGUAUGGGGAGGAUAAUUUUGUUGACGAGGUCCAUGCGGGAGAGAUUCGUGGAAAGUGAUCAGUUUUGCGAUCAGGACAAGGCCGCAAGUGCCGUAGUCUUGGCACAAUGUACGCGAAACAUAAAAAGACUUGCUUCGAUCCUGCCGCUAUUCCAGACUGAAGGAAGGCUUAGCGAGGCGAAUCAAUCCGCCUUUCAGCUUCGCGUCAAUAGUGUCCUUUCUGAGUUGGAGACUGUUAUUAGAGAAUCCCCAAGGAAGUCCUCCCCAUCGCAGUCUUCUUAUAGGGAAGCAGUCCACAUAAAUACGGAAAGUCCCUUAAAUGAGAGUGCGACGGAUGAGUUGAAUGAACUGCGUCUAAGGCUGUUUCGUGCGGAGAAAAGAUGGGAGCUGGAAACAAUAGGUCACAGGUUGAUGAUCUCGAAAGAGCGGACUCUGGUCCUUCAGGCACGUAAUGAUCAGCAGGCUGCCGAAAAGAAGCUCGCCGAGGAGCAGAAUCGCGUGAAGGCACUCGAGGAAUGUCUAUCGCAAGCUGAGUUCAAGUUAAGGAUCCUAGCCGAACAGAAUAAAAAACUCAGGGAAUCGCAAGAGCAAUUUCCCAAAAGUGAACCUACAGGCGGAAGUCUUCGGAUCUGGAAUGUUCAACUUAACAAAAGGAAGUGUAAAGUUUCCAGCCGAGGGACAAGGCCCAUUAAGAACGCAUUAAAGCUAAACCAAUCGCAGCAGAAAACUCUUAAGAAGUUAAAGAACCGACUAAGUCAGGAAAAGGUAACUUUGGUAGAAGCCAAGUCUUCGAUAUCCGUGAUCAAAAAGGACAUAGGUAAACUUCGCUUUGGGAAAAGUAAGCUAUAUUGUGGGCUACCAACAGAGAGGGAUUCGGAAGUUAUUACAAUGCGGCGGUUACGGAAAAAGAGAAAACGUACCCUAAACGUCAUCAAAAAGUCCGUGAAAUCAUUAUCCAGUUACAGUCGCUUUAAAUUCCCUGAUUGCAGCUUAAAAUGGAGCCGGCUCUUGGAAUCGGUUUAUAACAACCUGCUUUCGAUUCGAGAGAUGUGGAAACGCACCUGUUUGAGAGAUCCGCCCACCAAGGUGCAAAGGCCAAGUUCAAGCUCUUUCAAAAGUACAGCUCGUCGUUUGUCAAGGAAUCCUGUCAAUAUACCGCAGCUAUCCCAGUCGUUGUGGGACAAGAUAUACAAGCCCUUUUCUCUGGUAAAUCCUUCUAUAUCUGAUAUAUGUUUGAUCCGGGCUUCGUCAAGACAUCAGGUUCAAUCUGUGGUGAAUGAAUAUUCCGGAUUCGGUCUAGGAACAGUCGGGUCCACAGUUUCCACUCUCACUGGGGUGCCGAAGUACUUGGGAAAAACCUUUGGCGAUCGGCGACUCAGUUUGCUCCGCUGGUGCCAACAAAAAGUCAAGCCCUACGGUCUUCCCAUGUACGAGUUCAGUGCUUCCUGGACAAGUGGUCGAGCCCUGUGCGCCAUCAUACACUCCUAUCACCCUGAUAAGAUUGAGAGCGCAUAUCUCCUCAAAAAGAACCCCAAGGAGACCUUGACAUACGGCGUGAGUGUUGCCCAAUCCCUAGGUGUUUCUAGCUCCAUUGACUUAAUUGGGGAGUGCCUGCAGAAGCGUCCUAACUUCGAGAAGGUCCUCGAUUUUGUAGAGGAUCUGCAAGGCUGUUUGGAUCCAGAGAUCUGAGACAAUGACUGGCUAUUUUUUUAAAAACGUUUUGUACAAUAUAUUUCUUUAAAGUAUAAUAAAUAUAAAGAUUUUCGGAAGAUGUGCAAAAUA